GCAGGCACCAUGGAUACCUUCUAUGACGAUGACUUUCCUCGCGGCAAGCGUUUCAUCACGCUUGCUCUAGAAGAAACAUGCGUUGUCGAAGUUGGAGAAAAGAAGACUCGAUUCUAUAUCCACAAGUCGCUGCUCAUUGAAAACUCCGAAUUCUUCAAGAAAGCGCUCUCUGGGCCAUGGGAAGAGGCGCGAACCGGCGUUGUAAGCCUUGCAGACGUGGAAGAAGCUACCUUCAGAGUGUUCGUGUCGUGGCUAUACACGAUGGAUAUUCCGUCUAGCGCAGAGGGCUGGGAAGACAUAUCGGGCCCCAUCCACUCCGAUAAAGUCGAGAAGGCCAACCGUCCCUUUCUUUUCCAUCCCGAAAUACUCCAACUGUACAUGUUGAAAGCGUACAUUCUGGGAGACCGCUUAGUGGCACCAGAAUUCAAGACAUCGAUGAACAAUACCUUUAUAGAAUGGCUCGCUAUGGGGUUGGAGGAUGGCAGUCCGCACCCAGAUUCACUUUCCCCAGAUACGAUCAUCUUUGCGUACGCAAACCUGCCAGGGACAUGCAAACUUAAAGAAUUUAUGGUGCAUUGGCACAUUGAGUCUUGCAGCGGCAUCGAACAUGAUUGCAUUGGCGAUGUCGAUAUCAGAGCGUACGAUCGAUCUAAACUUCCUAGGGAAUUUUUGAUUGAUGUCAUGAUCAAGCAAUCCGAGAUCAUUUCCGCCGUUAAGCGAACUCCAAACAAGGCCGAAGAGGUAGUCUUCUUCUUUUACGGUCCUUACUGCGAAGAAAUAUAAGGACAUGGAAUCCUUCUUGUACAUGGGUUGAGAGGUGCUUGUAGAAGCAUGUGCUUGGAGAUUUCUAAACAUCGAUACAAUCUUACCAACAAAGACUUGCUGUACUUGAGCCGUCAUGCUCCAUUGUAUCCAGUGACAAUCUGUAAUCCUUAUGAAGCAUUGCCGUA